CCAUCAUCACCUCGUUCUUGUCUUGGUUUUGUCCUUGUGAAUGUCACCACCUCUCAUUUGUUUUAUAUCUGAAAUUACAAGAAAGAUAUAAGCAUAACAUAAAAUCUCCUCUGCUUAUCUCCAACUUCUCUCUCUGAAAAACAAUGGAGAAGCCUAUGGACCCCCAAAUGUCAAGUGAUGGAAGCAUGAACAUGAGCCCAUCAAUGGAGACGGUGAUGCACAUGAGCUUCUACUGGGGCAAAGACGCUAUUAUCCUAUUUUCUGAGUGGCCAAAUCAUAGUCUUGGUAUGUACAUAUUAUCUUUCUUUUUUAUAUUCUUUUUAGCAGUUGCUAUUGAGGUUUUAUCAGCGUCGCCUACGGCUAAGCUAUGCACCAAUCCUGUCAUAACUGCGUUAAUUCAAGCCGGUGUUUAUGCGGUUCGAAUGGGUUUCGCUUACAUGGUCAUGCUUGCUGUCAUGUCUUACAAUCUCGGAAUCUUUAUAGCGGCGGUAGCCGGCCAUGGAGUCGGGUUUUUUCUUGUCAAGGCUCGGGGUCGUGCAAACGCCAACCAAGCUGAUUUGGACGGCCAAGAUCCUGUUCCUAAAGUUUGAUUUAUUUCUUUUUUGUAUAUUAAGAAUAUGUUAUGUUAACAUUUCUUAGAUAUUUCAAAUUUUGAAGGCUAUAUUAUGCUUUUUCAUGUCGUUUUGUUUCUGGAUUCCCGUGAUUGCUCUGUUUUUUUGUGUUCGUCUUUUGUGCUUCACUUUCGAGAAAUAGUUCAAAGGGUUGUUACUUCUUCUGUA